AUGUCGGCUCGAGGCGGUAAACGCUACGGCAGUGGCCGUAGGCUCUUGUCACCUGGAAGCUUUGUUAAGAGCAUAGAGAAGAGAUCUGACUCUCGGAGUUCGUGGCUCAAGUCCCAUGGAAGGAUUUACGUCCGCCGUGACAUUCUGGACACAUUUAAAAAGCUGAAAGCCCAGUGUGUCUUCUCCACCGACACUGCUUUCUUGCAGCAUUUGUUGUCGUUUGAGAUGCGAAGGCAACAAAGGUGAGAAAAUAAGACUUCUACAUUAAUAUUGCUUUUUAGUCGAAGCUGCAACGUCGAAUCUAACUACCUGUUAAAUAUUACUUUAUUUUAACAGUUUAAAAGCCAAGCAAGCCAUGAAGAAGAGUACGGAAGAGUCAAGUGCAGUACAACAACCCCUAGCAGGUAACUAGAUGCACGAGAUCGAUCUGGAAUCCCUGUUCAGGGACUUCUUUUUUAUGUGAGCAGUGCAUGUGGCCGGAACAUUUAAUGGACACAGUCCAUCGGGAUUAAUUCUGUUUUCAUUGAAAUAAAAGUUAUAAUAUGUUGUAUAUUGUUUUGCAGAUGAUUCUAAUUUGCACACCUCGACCCCUGUGAAAAGAGGCAAGUAUGACGGUUCUGUCAUUGCUCCACCAGUGGAAAGUCCAGUUGCUGGAAUGGCUUGUGACAAUAGGUAGGUGGUCAUUUCGGUAUUGAUUUUCUGUUUCCAUAAUUAUUUCACAUAUCUGUCUCGGACAUAACGGUGAAGGAGCAAUUUGAAGUUCUUCCUGUGAUAAAAAUUUUAGAUGCAUCAGGUUUUCAUUGAGUGAAUGUCUGAACGUUCAAUAAAUCAUGAUGGAUGAGGAAGGUUGAAGUAUGCCGGGAGAUUACGUUAAUAGUUUUGUAUUAAAACCAUAGAGCACCCAGCCUUGAAAUAUGUUUUAGGUUGUGCUUUUCUUGUCAACUUUUUUCUCAUCAAUUGAACCAAACCAUCAAUGGGUUAGCUGUGUUGUCAUUUCCAUAUUCUUACCAAAAUUUCUGCUGUUAUUUACAACUCAUGCUUUUUGCCUGUGGGUUUUCAAUGCUUCCUAUUUAUCAGUGAACUCAAGUAGUUUACUUUGUAUUUUCUAAACAUACUAAACUAUUUUCCUUGUAUUCUAGCUGAUGCCUUUAGACAGAUAUUCCACUCACUUGAUGUCUGGCAUAAGUCAAAAGGAAUCCGGAAGUGUCUUUCAAAUGUGAGUUAGAGUUGAUAUUAUAUUAAUUUUACAGUGGCCACAAAGAACAAAUUUAGUGUAAUUCUUUCUAAUAUGUGACUCUGUCCCAUGUAUUGGUAAGACUCUUUCCUAUAAAUAGAACAUAAACAUACAUUGUGUUGUCACUUGUAAAUAUGCCCAUGUAGUAUACUUCACUGUUGUAUAUUUCCAGGAUAAUCAAAUCAUAUCUUUAACCAAUGGGCCAGGAAUGGACUAAGAAAUGUUGUUAACAUAAUCUGUAGAGAAUUAAAUGCUCAAAGUUUGACAAUGAUGAUUGGACUGUCAAUGUAGGUUUAUUUUUUUGAGUCGUUGCAUUUAUCUCUGCCAGAGAAAAAAAUUUAAGGCUUGUUAUUGAUCUUCUGUAGGUGGGAAGUGCAAAGGGGAUGGAAAAAGUGGCCCUUUGGUCUGACCACAUUGUUAGACACUUUUGGCACUGUUGCAGUCUGGCAUCUGAAGUGGAAGGCAAUGAGCUAGAAGCUCUGAAGAUAUUGAAGGUAAUUCCAAUUUAUCAUCUUUUUUAAAGUAAUUAAUAACAGGGCUGUCAGUAAGAGGUGAUGGGUCUAUGUGGCCCCCAGCUACACUCAAAGGAAAAUAGAAGAAAAAUGGAACCAAACGAAACCCCCCGUUGUUUGAUUCUCUGCCUACUUAUUUUAUGUACCCAGCAACUUGAAAUCUUAGUGACAGGUCUGAAUUUUUUUUUUCUGAGACUUUUUUGAAAAUUAUCACAUUAUAUUAUAUCAGGCUGUAAACACUUUGUUUCUUCACAAUGUUUUAGGGUCUGUUUACAUGGAGGUGGGGGACCUCGGAUAGGUGAGGUAAAAUGUGGUGGGUCACCCCAUCUAUCAAAUUAAAAUGAGAUAUUAUAUGGACAAGCGGGAUACUCCACCAAAGCGGGUUACCUCACCUACCUGGGGUUCCCUACCUCCAUGUAAACAGACACUAUGUCAUUAUCAUCUUGUUAUAUCUGUUUCAAUGAAAUUUUACUAUUAUGAAAUCAGGAUACCUGGAUCUCACUAUUACACCAUGUGUGCAAUCAACAUGAGUGGGCUGAUGGCCAUUGUGACCACAAGCCAAUCACUGAGGAAAACCACCAGCUUCCAUGGUUUGACAGGAGAUCCAAAGAGUUUGAGGCACUGCAAAAAAUUAUCCUGGAUCCUGACCUUCUUGAAAGUUUCAAGUACUACACCAGAUUCAGGUAUAUAAGGGGAACCCUGUUUUCAUAAGAAAUACUAAAUAUAUAUCUUAUUUCAAUACGUUGGUUUAUUCAAAUAUAAUGUUCAAAGAAAAAAUAUUUUGGUUUGUAUUCCUGUCUGCUUGGUCCUUGGCAAAAGAAAUGUAUGGAGGAAACUUAAAAGAAGAUUGUGUUAAUGAAUACUAUGUCAAUAACUCCAAGCAGCCCCAUUCCUUAAACUAAGCUCAGUAACGUUAACGUUGUCAGGCUUAGGCAAGGGUUUAUUUUUUAUUGCUACUGUGGACCUUGUGAAAACCUUCUUAAGGUGUUGGCCAGCCCCUAAAUGCCUUUCUAUGUCAAGCUCAAUUCAUUGUCCUUCUUUAAUUAUUACAUGUAUAUUUAACCAUGUUUUUCAAAAAUAUUUAUGUUACUUUUAGGCAUACAGGCGCAUUAGAACGAGCCAACUCUCUGUCAUUGAUGUAUGCCAGCAAGAGAAUUUCCUACAUGUAAGUAACGACACUUCAUAGUUUUAAAAGUUCAUAGUAUUUAUAAAUUAUUAUCUCUAGCCUAUAGAGAAGCUCAAAUUGUUGUAUACUUCAAAAAUUUGCCCUGUGUGAACAAAGAUCUCAUGGAACACUGUCUAUUUUGAUCAAUUGUUCUUUUUAGGAAGAAAGUCUACAAACAAGAAAACAACUAGCUGCCAUUGACUGGAACUAUCACCUCGAUAUUCCUGAACAAGAAGAUGUGCUAGGCGAGGUUGCUGUGACCCAGAAGUACAACCAAAGAACAAAGAGUUGGAAUGUGAAAAUUGUAAAGCAGGCCAAAGACUAUGGUUAUAUUUGGAUGCUUCUGGCUAAAGUGUUUCAUCUACGUGUGGAGGAUAAUGAAAAUAUGCAGAGGGCGGUCCCAAUGGAAGCUGAUGACCCAAGGAGGAUAGCCCCUUCAAUUGCUGUGGUGCCACCCCCACCUUCACGCGAGCUC